CUUCACUAUAAAAGUCAAAUCUGCGCAUAUUCCAUCCUUUGUUUUACAAAAGCUUAACCACCAACGCAAUGAACGUUUUGAUCUAUAGCGGUAACGGAACAUCACCUAAUUCCGUCAAACAAACGUACAAUACUUUAAAGACAUUGCUCGGUCAUGCCUACGAUGUCAUGAAGGUGGAUGCCACAACACUUAGAAAUGAGCCCUGGCAGGAGACUUGUUCACUUCUUGUCGUACCUGGGGGAAGAGACAGUCCUUAUUGUGAAGAUCUGCAAGGACAAACAAAUGAUAAGAUAAAGAAUUAUGUCAGCCAAGGCGGCAGCUAUUUAGGAUUUUGUGCUGGUGGAUACUAUGCCUCUAAAGAGAUUGAGUUUGAAAAGGGCACGCCUAUUGAGAUAAUUGGAUCACGACCGUUAGGCUUCUAUCCUGGAAUGUGCAGAGGGACCAUGUAUCCUGGAUUUGUGUACAAUAGCGAGAAAGGCGCUCGGUCAGUUUCGGUAGUCUAUGGACAGCAGGAUAUCAAGACAUACUACAACGGUGGUGGAUAUUUUGUAGAUGCAAAAAAGAUAGGAGGGGUAGAGGUAAUAUGCACCUAUAAGGAUACAGAUGAAGCCGCUGGUGUUCUCUGUAAAGUCGGUCAAGGUUCUGCACUUUUAUUUGGUGUGCAUCCUGAAUAUGACAUUCGUUUUACAGAUCUAUCUGAAAACAAAGAUAAAGAUAAAAUCACCAAGGAAUUAACAGAGUCAUUGCCGUUCUGUCGCAUGAUGCUUUCAGAGUCACUUCAUAAGCUAAAGCUCAAAGUGGAUACUACCUCUGGGCCUGAACUCAAGCUGACACCUAUUUACCUAACUGCUCUCCGACAGGAGACUGCGGAGGCUGUUGCAGCAAGGAUGUUAGAGGAAGCAGAUGAACAUGGUAUCAUUUCAGAUGUCAAUGAUCGGUUCUUGAUUACGCGUGCGGACAAGGACUUGGCAAGCUUCGUACAGGAACUCUCGCUCACUGACAACAAACCAUUACUAAAGAUCCUAUGCCAAAAUGCAGCUACAACGAAUCAACAAGGGCCUGUGCAUCCAGAGAAAUCUCAGACACCCUAUUUUCAUAUUGAAAAAUAUUACGAAGCGUUAUUAGAGAGACGAAACAAGGAAUGGGGUGGUGGUGCCUGGUAUCGCAUUGGUAACGUCAUGUUUUACUCAGAGGUUAUUACGAGCACACAAACGAUUUUGGACAAGAACUACAACUUUUCACAAACAUUGCCUAGUGGUCUUGUCUGCUUAGCAACAAAUCAAAUGGCUGGAAGAGGAAGAGGAAAGAACUCGUGGGUAUCACAACGUGGUGCCUUGCAGUUUAGCUUUAUUGUACGACACAGUCUCCAAUAUUCCAAUGCUCCUGUUGUUUUUAUCCAGUAUUUAAUUGCCUUGGCUAUUGUCGAAAGUAUUCGAACACGUGAAGGUUAUGAAAAUGUGCCGCUAAGGCUAAAGUGGCCAAACGAUAUCUACGCAGAUACUCGGGACGGAUUAAAAAAAGUGGGUGGUCUUUUGGUCAAUUCAAGCUUUGUUCGUGACGAAUUUAUGCUCGUCAUUGGAUGUGGUAUCAACUUGAAUAAUCCUCAACCAACCGUAUCCAUAAAUGACGUGAUUCAGCAACAUGACCCAAAGCUGCAGAGACUAGGUCCUGAAGAAGUACUGGCUCAUGCCUUGGUCACGUUCGAAAAGUUCUAUAUGGAAUUCUGCGAAAAAGGAAUGGGAAACUGGUUUCUCGAUAGAUAUUAUAACCGAUGGCUUCACAGUGACAAGUUGGUUACCUUGACAACACACAACAAUGAAAAGGCAAGGAUUGUGGGCAUUACCAGCGAUUAUGGGAUGCUUGAAGCUGUCAGCGUAGACGACAGUAGAAAAAGAUAUACACUUCAACCUGACGGAAACAGUUUUGAUAUGUUGAAAGGCUUGAUUAUAAAGAAAGAAUAGAAUCGGUCUUUUAAAAUAAACUCAUCCAUUGUACCCUAUUUAACCCG